CUGAUCACUCAAUUCAUCAUUUCGUGCCGCGGUCACAGAAGAGUAUGUGUGGCAAAGCGCACUGCGUCGCCUUCCUAUCAACGGUAUUCGUUUAUUAUCAUUCCUGUUCGAAACCAAACGCUAAGAAAAAACGCUAUUUAACAAAGGCAUUACUAUUCAUAAUGACCGGCACAAGCUGGUAUCGACGCUGCGCUCUUCCCUACACAAAUGUUGACAACAAAGCUCCAUUCCAUCCCAUACCAUACGCCCUCAUCUGAACAGAUAACACGGGCUAUUGAUGAUUGAAUCACU